CUAUUAGUGGUGGGCUUGGACUAUUACAAAUGGUAUAAGAGCUAGACACCAAGCAAUGUGCCAGUGAAGACGUUAGGCCCCCAAAGGGGGAAGGUGGAUUAUAAGAUUUCACAUCUGUUGGAGAGGAAAACGAAGCAUUCUUUAUAAGGGUAUGAAAACCUCUCUCUAGUAGACGCGUUUUAAAACCGUGAGGCUGACGACAAUACGUAACGGGUUAAGCAGACAAUAUCUGCCAGGUGAAGGCCAAGAUUCAUAAUCGAGAGGAUGAUCAUAGGAUGAUCCAAAUCUUUCUGAGCAGUUUCAUAAGUCAAAAGAGUUUGAACAGAUCAUACCUAAGUUUUAAUAUUCAAUGAGAAACGAGCCAAGUCAGCGACUCAUGAAUGUUAUCAAUGAUCCAUCCUUUACCUCUGCUAGAUUCUCAUUGCUCUGUCGGGCAUCAGCAGUCUUCUCCCUAGCAGAUAAGCCGUGGGUACCUCUUGGCCACUUGACUGACAUGAAUGCUUGACUUAUCUGCAGCAACCAGGCCCACAAAAUUUAGACUUCCCAAGUCCAAGAGUGAAGUCAAAUCUCAAAAGUAAGCAUCCAUGUCCAUGUUUUGGAGUGUUUGGUUUCUGGAUUUUGCAAACCCUGAGAAGAACAAAGGACAACCCAUUUCACUCCACACAAAGCUUCUCUGUUUGCUGUAAUUUUCAAAUCAUCACAUCCUCAAAAUGAAGAUCUUUCUCCUUUUCAAACUGGGUCAUCAUAUUUAAGCUUCACAAAACCAGAGACCACAAAAUGAAGUACAAUACGCAGCAUUUACAUACGAUCACAAGAAAAGAACCUAUGAAGACAGGGACAGGACAUCCCAAGAGAGAUUGAAUGAAGAUAUCCCAGCCAAGGCCCCUUCUCGUGAAUGUAUUUGCAAAAGAUGGUUGGUCAGGGAAGGAAGGGCCUCGAAAAGGGAAGAAGAAGAGCAAUAAAGUGAGCCAUUAGCAGACAGAAGCCAACAAAUACGUAGAAAAGUCCAGAAGAGGAAACAAAGCCAUGGAAAAUUAGUUUAAUUCACAAUUUGGUUGGCCUGAAAACUUUGAAUUAAAUACAAAAGAAAGAGAAGUCAGCAACCGACUGUAGCUUUUGGAUUAUUGGAAGGGCAGGUUGGACAAGUGUAAACAGGGAGGAGAAGACCAAAAAAAAUUUGAUGGGUCACGAGGAUGAAUCAUGAUAUAGGUGAAAAGGGGUCGGGAAAGCUUUAUUGAAUUAGAUUUUUGAGUUUCCAUUGAAGGGAGCAAAUAGAAAGCUUCCAAAGCUGUAAGCGCCGAGCCUUUCACAUGCUUUGCUUCCUUGGCUUGAGAGUGUGAAAAGAAACAGGGACCAGUCGGCCAUUAAUGCAGAGCUUCCCCCAUCUCAAAUCUUCCUUCCAUUGAACCUUCUGAGAGUAUUGGAAAAACAGAGCAAUACUCUGUUUCAGACCUUGUUUCUUUUUGCUGAUACGAGAAGAAAAAUUGCUAAAGCUCUGAAAGUUGUGGUGUUUCUUUGCUUCUUAUAAUGGGUGUCUGCUUAAGUACCAGAAUCAAAGCUGAAAACUCAUGUAAUACAGGGGUGAACUCUAAUGCUGUGAGUACUGAUGGAAACGAUAUCGGUAGUAGUAUAACGAGCAAGAUCUCGUUGUCGUCGAUGCCACCGACUCCACGAACCGAAGGCGAAAUCUUGCAGUCCUCCAAUUUGAAGAGCUUCAGCUUCGCCGAGCUUAAGGUAGCGACGAGGAACUUUCGACCGGAUAGUGUGGUUGGAGAAGGAGGUUUUGGUUCAGUUUUCAAAGGUUGGAUUGAUGAGCAUUCCUUUGCUGCUGCCAAGCCUGGCACAGGAAUGGUUAUUGCAGUCAAAAGGCUUAACCAUGAUGGUUUCCAAGGUCAUAGAGAGUGGUUGGCCGAAGUGAAUUUUCUAGGCCAACUUUCUCAUUGUCACCUUGUGAGGUUGGUUGGCUACUGCUUAGAAGACGAGCAUCGUUUGCUCGUUUACGAAUUCAUGCCUCGAGGGAGCUUGGAAAAUCAUUUGUUUCGAAGGGGAUCCUAUUUUCAACCUCUUUCAUGGAGCCUGCGCUUGAAGGUUGCACUUGGUGCUGCAAAAGGGCUUGCCUUUCUCCACGGUGAUGACCGAAAAGUGAUCUACCGCGACUUCAAGACAUCGAACAUCUUGCUCGACUCGAAAUACAAUGCCAAACUCUCUGAUUUUGGGUUGGCUAAAGACGGGCCAACGGGCGAUAAAAGCCACGUCUCGACUCGGGUGAUGGGUACCUAUGGAUAUGCAGCCCCGGAAUAUCUAGCCACAGGUCAUCUAACUACUUGGAGUGAUGUCUAUAGCUUCGGAGUUGUCCUACUAGAAAUACUAUCUGGAAGAAGAGCAAUAGACAAGAAUCGACCGGCUAGAGAACACAAUCUUGUUGAAUGGGCAAAACCUUACCUUGCAAACAAACGCAAGAUUUUUCGAAUAAUUGACAGUCGUCUCGAGGGCCAAUAUUCAUUGGAUGGAGCCUACAAAGCAUCUACCUUAGCUUUACGAUGCCUAUCCAUUCAACCCAAACUUAGACCAAACAUGAAUGAUAUUGUAAAAGACCUCGAGCAUCUACAAGAUUCCACACUCCCUACCAGCAACAGGAACUCAACCAAUAAUCGUUGUGCUCGUAGGCAUAGCGCCGAUAAUUCCCAUAAGCCAAAUAGCGUUCAAGCAUACCCCCGACCUUCUGUUUCAACACUCCACACAUAAGAUGGUGAUCAAGUAACUAGAUUGAGAUGGUUCGUAACAAAAUCGAGGAAUUUAGCAAAUGCAUUCCAAUCUACAAGAACUGUACAGUUUUUUUAGUAAUUCCUCCUGUGGUGAUUCUUAGAUUGGUUUGUACUUCGUUUCGAAUUCUGAUUAUUAAAGUGAUUUCUAGAG